AUUCCAAUCCGAUCCAACAACUUCAAGUUGGCGUGAGUUUUUCGCCGCUUUUUGGGAUGUUUUCCGUCGCAUCAGGUCCAGGUUGAUGAAAUUCGCGAUGAAGGUUUGUUCAGCGUACGCACAAAUGAUCGCCGUCUUUCUGGUCACUCUCACGGCCGAGUUCACUUCAUGCGACUGCUCUAUGAAGAACGCCGACGGCGAAGUCUGCGGCACCGAAACCGCCACCGAGAACAAAUACUCGCAGGCCGCUAACACCCGCUGGUCCUCUUACCUCCGGAACAUCAACGACAGCCUUCAAACUUACGUCCCUUGCGAAGAUGACGAAAAGACCUGCUCGUGCCACUCAGCGGUGAUUGACGACGACCUCCAACUUUGGUCAGAGUCUGGUAUCACCAAAGACCUCGUCCAGCGCUCCAAAUCGAGAGGCAUCCAUUACCAAAUCAUCAACCACAAACUCUAUCGGGGUGAAGACUGUUUAUUUCCCUUUAGGUGCAGCGGCAUCGAGCACUUUCUCCUCGAGAUCGUCGACGAACUCCCGGACCUGGAGUUCAUAGUGAACACCCGUGACUGGCCGCAAGCACACAAGCGCUAUGAUCCCUUGCCCGUGUUCUCCUUCAGCAAGACGCCAGACUACGCCGACAUCAUGUACCCUGCUUGGACAUUCUGGGCCGGAGGACCCGCGAUAAGCCUCUAUCCCACCGGGAUCGGCAGGUGGGAUUUGCAGCGGGGGAUUAUCUCUAAGACGGCGAACCAGAAAUGGCCCUGGAGCAAAAAGAGGGACGUGGGAUUUUUUCGUGGUUCGCGCACGAGCGACGAGCGCGAUCCAUUGAUACUGCUGUCCAGGAAGAAGCCCCACCUUGUGGACGCUCAGUACACCAAGAACCAGGCCUGGAAGUCGGCCGAAGAUACACUGGGACUCCCUGCCGCUAAGGAAGUUAGGUUCGAGGACCACUGUGAAUUCAAGUACCUCUUCAACUUCAGGGGAGUUGCGGCGAGCUUCAGACUCAAACACUUGUUUUUGUGCAAGUCAGUCGUCUUCCACGUGGGCCACGAGUGGCUGGAGUUCUUUUACCCGCGCCUGAAGCCGUGGGUCCACUAUAUUCCGGUGGGUACGGACUUGUCCCAAGUCGAAGACUUGUUGGAGUUCGCCCGCGAAAAUGACGAGGUCGUGCGGGAGAUGGCGGAGCGAGGGUACGACUUUAUUUGGAAGCACCUGACCAUGGAAGACGUUAUGUGCUACUGGCUGCAGUUGCUGAAAAAGUAUUCCCAGCUGCUGAAGUACAAAGUGGUUAGAGACAAGUCCUUGAAGAGAGUCAGCGGUGCUAGUUGAACUAUUCAAUGCAUGAUUUGGCUUUUUCAAUGUCCAAUAUUUAUUUCAGUUUGUGCACCUACGAGAGGACAUUCCAUUUUGGCUUCAUUUACUCCGGGCACGUAGCCAGGAUUUUGUUUCGGGAGGUGGGGGGGGGGGGGGGGAAGGAGGAGGAGGAGGAGGAGGAGGAGGAGGAGGGGGAGAGGAGGUCUCGGCAAAAUGGAAGAUUUCGGGGGGAGGGGGGGGGGGGGGGCGGCCCUAUGGGCCCCCCCGGCUACGUGCCUGCUGUGAUGUCAUACUUCCUUGAUUUAUGGUUUCAAAGCAGUUCUGUUUUCUGUUCCUUUGGAAGAGGAUUCGGCUAUACUUAUUUACGUGGAUAAAUAGGGUGUCUACAACAGAUAUUAAAGCCUGCACAUAGAAAGCCCAAGCUUUUCAUCGAAUAUGCAUUUCGGUGGCACAUAUUAUGUGGUGAAGUUUUGAGGUGUAGCUACCUUUCUGUGAAAAGUGAGACCAACAAACAUGUUGGCAGACAACCAAGUUAGAAGUGGUUGUAAGGUCAACAAGUGGCUGUAACUUGUGGCGUCAUCUCCCAGGAGUCACAGCGAGCAGAUGAAAGAGUGCAUCAUUUGCUCGCUGCGCUUAUCGGGAAAUGGCGCCACAAGUUAGAAACUCUGUUAACUCUCGUCUGCAAACAUGUUGACAUGAAAUUUAACAAGGUAAGAUGUACCAUCUAAAUGCACCUUCGAUGAAAGUUCGAGCCGUCUUUGUGCAGGCGCUUAUUUUUCCGGCAUGUUUUACAGCGCUAAGAUUAAUUGCAGACACCCUACAUAUUUCCCUGUAUUUUGUCUGCAAUUUAAAAAAUAAAAAUAUACCUCUUUUUUUUUUCUUACCCAUGGCAAUUUAUUAUUAGGAGCCUAAUAUGGUACACUGCCAUACUAAACAAAAAUCUACUGCAUCUCCACGUGGUGAAUGACGUUGAUUGAGGC